AAAUUUUUGGAAGUCAUAAAGCCGUUUUGUGCGGUCUUACCUGAGAUUCAGAAACCAGAGAGAAAGGUAUAGUAUAGUAUACUGCAAUUUCUCCGCAAUAGCUCUUUAACAAUCUUAGCUCUAGUGAUGUCUCUCUAAAAUGUCCCUCAUUUACCUCUACAGAUUCAGUUCAGAGAAAAAGUACUAUGGACUGCCAUCACUCUCUUCAUCUUCCUGGUGUGCUGCCAGGUUAGUAUCUGCCGGCCUGAAAAUCUGUUUCUCAGUGUAAUUCUAUCUAUUGUAUGGCGCUUGCAAAGAAACCCUGCAGCCCAAAUCAAAUCACAUUUUAUUUGUUACAUGCUUCGUAUACAACCGGUGUAGACUAACAGUGAAAUGCUUAUUUACUUUCCCAACAAUGCAGAGAGAAAAAUAUAUUUAAAAAAAUAACAUGAGGAAUAAUGCACAUUUUCUCUCACCAGCUGAUAAUAUAGUUAAGGCCAGAGGUGCAGUUGUAGCUCUUGUGGGUUCAGUGUAUUGAUUCAUUCUUUGUCUUCUGUCCUCUAGAUUCCCCUCUUCGGCAUCAUGUCCUCAGACUCCGCAGAUCCCUUCUACUGGAUGAGAGUAAUCCUGGCCUCCAACAGAGGUGAGAAACCAACAGUCUGGUUCUACUUAGUUUGAAUGCUUGCCUGUAUCUUAUCAUCAGUCAUAUUGAUAAACAGCUCUCAAUCUUGGCUACUGAUCUUGUUUGAACACAUCCCUAUUAUACUUUCGCUGUUUGUUCCUACCUCUUACAUGGAUAAAUAAUUAUUCCCUGUGAUGUUAUCAGGUCUUAUCUCUUUUGACAAGCAGUCUUGGCAAGAGCUGACAUUCUUUGGCUGAUUUGUCACUGUAUUCAUAGCUUAGCCUUAGUAUAAUCCUCUUUCCCAUUACAAGUGUUGGUUCAUAAUAAUAGUUGACUGAAAACAGUACUGUGAUCCCACCAUUCUACAGGUACUCUGAUGGAGCUGGGUAUCUCACCCAUCGUUACCUCCGGUCUCAUCAUGCAGCUGCUGGCUGGAGCCAAGAUCAUUGAGGUUGGAGACACCCCCAAGGACAGAGCACUCUUCAAUGGAGCGCAGAAACGUAUGUCCACCCUACAAAGUUUUUACCAAGAAUGGGAUUAAUCAUAAUGAGAUAAGUGAUGGUUAUUUAACCACCUGACAACUGUUCUCUGAGUUGUGGGCUUGUAUGUGGUGGGUAGUCGAAUAAGGGUCUAUAGCCUGUCAUAAAGCUGGGGUGUAUUCCGUUUUUCAUCGUCAAUCAACUCAUAGCUGUCCAAGGAUAUUGAAUAUAUACGUAAAAAUGUAUGCACGCAUGACUGUAAGUCGCUUUGGAUAAAAGCGUCUGCUAAAUGGCAUAUUAUUAUUUAUAUUAUAUACAACCCAUCUCCCUUUGUCCUCUGCAGUGUUUGGAAUGAUCAUCACCAUUGGACAGUCCAUCGUGUAUGUGAUGACCGGCAUGUACGGAGACCCCUCAGAGAUGGGUGCUGGGAUCUGCCUGCUCAUCAUCAUUCAGGUUAGUUAGACCCCCCCCCCCCCCCCCCCCCCCCCCCCCACCACUACACUUAAUACUACCACUACCACACUCUCUGUAAUGGUUGAAACCCUAGGGAUAAUGGUCAUGAGUGAACUGGACAGUUCAUAUAAACAGUUCAUUAAUUUGACCCUUUUAAGUACAGAGACAUUUCUAACUUUCACUACUUAAACCCCUGGCUGCCAUUUCUCUAAUCUUUCAAUCAGCGAUGCUCAGCUUUCAUCCGCCUGGUCAGACUGUAUUUGAAGCUCUCUUGUCCCUCUCUUUCUUCCCCAGCUUUUUGUGGCAGGUCUGAUUGUGCUGCUGCUGGAUGAGCUGCUGCAGAAGGGCUAUGGUCUGGGCUCUGGUAUCUCCCUGUUCAUCGCCACUAACAUCUGUGAGACCAUCGUCUGGAAGGCUUUCAGCCCCACCACUGUCAAUACUGGCAGAGGUAUGUAUACUGGCCUUACUGCUACCUGUAAGUGUAUUGACAAUGUACUCAUUCUCUUGUUUUUCAGUCAGGGUUGCUCCCCCUUCUGUUCUGUGGUUGGUUGAGUAACCUUGUCUUUUGUGUCUCAGGAACGGAGUUUGAAGGUGCCAUCAUUGCCCUGUUCCACCUGUUGGCCACACGCACAGACAAGGUGCGCGCCCUGAGAGAGGCCUUUUACCGCCAGAACCUGCCUAACCUCUUGAACCUCAUCGCCACUGUCUUCGUCUUUGCUGUAGUCAUAUACUUCCAGGUCAGUGGACAGACAACCCCCUCUAUAGUUGUAGCCUAUAUCAACUUGGCUGUCUUUUGAUUGGUUUUACAAAUUGCUUUCAAUUCAAUGCUUAAAGCUGAAAUCCGUAAAUGGGAAACAACGCCACGGUUCGCUACAGCGCCUUUAUUGUUUUUGUUUAGUUGAUGAAAUGGAGGAAAGGAGUGUCCAGCAGUGUGGUAAAACAAUUAGUGUGCAUAUUCUGGUGUUCUAUCAAAUGUGCAAUGAUGUCCGAAGGAAAUAGUGUUUGUUUGAAGUAACUUUUUUGUUGUUGUAAUAUCCCAAAGAGAUGUGACAGUUUUCCCCUUUACGGAUUUCAGCUUUAAGUGACCUAUGAUAUGACCAUUGGAUCUGUUGACAAUGUGAACAUAAAUGGUCAGACCAAAAACCUGAAUGCAUAGAAUGAUUGAACACCAACUUUAAAUACAGUGGGGGGAAAAAAAGUAUUUAGUCAGCCAACAAUUGUGCAAGUUCUCCCACUUAAAAAGAUGAGAGGCCUGUAAUUUUCAUCAUAGGUACACGUCAACUAUGACAGACAAAAUGAGGGAAAAAAAUCCAGAAUAUCACAUUGUAGGAUUUUUAAUGAAUUUAUUUGCAAAUUAUGGUGGAAAAUAAGUAUUUGGUCAAUAACAAAAGUUUCUCAAUACUUUGUUAUAUACCCUUUGUUGGCAAUGACACAGGUCAAACGUUUUCUGUAAGUCUUCACAAGGUUUUCACACACUGUUGCUGGUAUUUUGGCCCAUUCCUCCAUGCAGAUCUCCUCUAGAGCAGUGAUGUUUUGGGGCUGUCGCUGGGCAACACGGACUUUCAACUCCCUCCAAAGAUUUUCUAUGGGGUUGAGAUCUGGAGACUGGCUAGGCCACUCCAGGACCUUGAAAUGCUUCUUACGAAGCCACUCCUUCGUUGCCCGGGCGGUGUGUUUGGGAUCAUUGUCAUGCUGAAAGACCCAGCCACGUUUCAUCUUCAAUGCCCUUGCUGAUGGAAGGAGGUUUUCACUCAAAAUCUCACGAUACAUGGCCCCAUUCAUUCUUUCCUUUACACGGAUCAGUCGUCCUGGUCCUUUUGCAGAAAAACAGCCCCAAAGCAUGAUGUUUCCACCCCCAUGCUUCACAGUAGGUAUGGUGUUCUUUGGAUGCAACUCAGCAUUCUUUGUCCUCCAAACACGACGAGUUGAGUUUUUACCAAAAAGUUCUAUUUUGGUUUCAUCUGACCAUAUGACAUUCUCCCAAUCCUCUUCUGGAUCAUCCAAAUGCACUCUAGCAAACUUCAGACGGGCCUGGACAUGUACUGGCUUAAGCAGGGGGACACGUCUGGCACUGCAGGAUUUGAGUCCCUGGCGGCGUAGUGUGUUACUGAUGGUAGGCUUUGUUACUUUGGUCCCAGCUCUCUGCAGGUCAUUCACUAGGUCCCCCCGUGUGGUUCUGGGAUUUUUGCUCACCGUUCUUGUGAUCAUUUUGACCCCACGGGGUGAGAUCUUGCGUGGAGCCCCAGAUCGAGGGAGAUUAUUAGUGGUCUUGUAUGUCUUCCAUUUCCUAAUAAUUGCUCCCACAGUUGAUUUUCUUCAAACCAAGCUGCUUACUUAUUGCAGAUUCAGUCUUCCCAGCCUGGUGCAGGUCUACAAUUUUGUUUCUGGUGUCCUUUGACAGCUCUUUGGUCUUGGCCAUAGUGGAGUUUGGAGUGUGACUGUUUGAGGUUGUGGACAGGUGUCUUUUAUACUGAUAACAAGUUCAAACAGGUGCCAUUAAUACAGGUAACGAGUGGAGGACAGAGGAGCCUCUUAAAUAAGAAGUUACAGGUCUGUGAGAGCCAGAAAUCUUGCUUGUUUGUAGGUGACCAAAUACUUAUUUUCCACCAUAAUUUGCAAAUAAAUUCAUUAAAAAUCCUAAAAUGUGAUUUUCUGGAGAAAAAAAUUCUCAAUUUGUCUGUCAUAGUUGACGUGUACCUAUGAUGAAAAUUACAGGCCUCUCUCAUCUUUUUAAGUGGGAGAACUUGCACAAUUGGUGGCUGACUAAAUACUUUUUUUCCCCACUGUACCAUUGACUCUCCGUAGUUGUUUGAAAGGUCUUGAACACUUCUCUCCUCUUCCUUCCAGGGCUUCAGGGUGGACCUGCCCAUCAAGUCUGCCCGUUACCGUGGCCAGUACAACACCUAUCCCAUCAAGCUCUUCUACACCUCCAACAUUCCCAUCAUCCUCCAAUCUGCCCUCGUGUCCAACCUGUACGUCAUCUCUCAGAUGCUCUCCACGCGAUUUAGCGGCAACUUCCUGGUUAACCUGCUGGGCACCUGGUCUGUAAGUACCUAUCAGAAUGACCUUCGAGUGCUGCUUUAGUGUCCACCACACAGAGGAAGACUUGCCUUACUAACUUUCAUUACACCAGUACUAUUUAAAAUGCACAUACUUGGUUAUUUUAUCGCAUCACAUUUAAACCUUCAUGAGUUCAACAGUACUGAAUACUUCUAUGUGACGUCUAGUCAUGGGUGACCGUAAACAACAAAGAGUCUAUUUGAAGCCAUAAUGGGGUUAUGAUCACGUUUUGGACUACUAUGUAAGAACACUGGGAGGGUUGACAUAAUUAAAUAUUUCAUUUCAGCAGGCCUGUGUAAGCGGGCUAGCCUUUGGCAGGUUUUACUCAAAUCUAUACAUCGUGUAUUAACUGUAUGUGUGGUUGUUUGUGUAUAGGAUACUUCCACUGGAGGACCAGCUCGUGCCUACCCGGUUGGAGGUCUCUGCUACUUCCUCUCUCCCCCGGAGUCCUUUGGUUCUGUUCUGGAUGACCCCGUCCAUGCUGCAAUCUACAUAGUCUUCAUGCUGGGUUCCUGUGCCUUCUUCUCCAAGACAUGGAUCGAGGUUUCAGGGUCCUCUGCCAAAGAUGUGAGUCACUUGAUGCACCAGAUAUAUUUGCUCAAUAUGUUAUAGAUGUACUUUAGGUUGUGUACAGUGAAGUAUGUAUGUAUGGUAGUUUCUAACUCAGGUCUGUAUGUCCGACAGGUGGCUAAGCAGCUGAAGGAACAGCAGAUGGUGAUGAGGGGACACAGAGAAACCUCCAUGGUGCAUGAGCUCAACAGGUAAAAACAUAUGCACCUUUGGUUGCACUCUGGCCCAAGUGUCAAAAAUUAUUGGUGUGUAUACCUUUCUACACAUUUCUAAUAUCUUGUGUUCUGUGUGAAGGUACAUCCCCACGGCUGCAGCCUUCGGUGGCCUAUGCAUAGGUGGGCUGUCUGUCAUGGCUGACUUCAUGGGCGCCAUCGGUUCGGGUACUGGAAUCCUAUUGGCUGUCACCAUCAUCUACCAGUACUUUGAGAUCUUCGUCAAGGAGCAGAGUGAAGUGGGAAGCAUGGGCGCGCUGCUUUUCUAGAAACCCCCCUCCAACACAUACCACAGACAGACAGCCUCCACCCUCCACAAAUUCUUACUUUUUAUUUUGCAUUGUAUCUAAUGCGCACAAAUCAGUACAUUCUGCCUCUGGGAUGCAUCUUCUUUCUCAGCUUCUUUGUGUUCCCAGUAGCUCUUGAGGGUUCAAAUGCAGACUGGAUCUCAUUGGGGAAAGAAUGUUAGCAUUUGUCCCAGUGUUCAGAAUGGAAUUGCACCUGUUCUGUCCCAUUGUUGUUUUUUCAAUACCAUUACUGUCCUCUCUUGAUCUGACCAGCCAGGCUACUCUGCUGACUGUCAUCUCCUAUAGACAGGUUAAAAGCACAAAGGUCUGACAUGAUGUCGUUGUCUGACAUCAAGCGAGGUUGGCUGAAGCGUGCUCAAGGAAAUUGAAGGCUGAGACACCAUCUAAAGGAGUCUGCUUAAACUAACACAAGCACUACACCUGGACAUUUUUGGAGAGUGGAAAGAAAGCCAUGUCAUGUUCAUUUCAGGUCAUCGCAAGCUGUGCAUGGAUUUUGAAGAGCCACAUAUUGGGGUGAAAAAAUAUAAGUUAAAUAUACUUGUACAUGUAUUGUAUUCCUUAAAUGGCUCUGGAAAUUUCCAACAAGUCUUGUCAUUUUAUAUAUUUUUUUAAAUCAUGGAAUAUAUUUGUAUUCGUGCUGGUCUUAGCAAGGGCAUAUGUUUGUGCUUUUGUCUCUGAGUCCUAAAGGGAAGGGUUUGUCU